AUGACUAGGGAUACCACACCACCUCCUCCAGAGAUCGCUUCUACUGCUGCUACUGCCAUCCACGAACCUCCCUCACUCCCCGCUUCACCCCUCCCCAAACGAACAAAGACCACUAUUGCGACAGAAAGCAACAGCAUCGCAUCAAUCAUGGGUUCUACCGACGGAAAUGGCAUUGCAGUCACCUCUCUCUCCCAGCCUCAGCCUCCUCUCCUCGUGAAGAAAUUAGUUGAAUCAGCCAAAGCUCCUACUCGCGGUUCCGCUUUCGCCGCUGGAUAUGACCUCUACAGCGCUAAGGAGACUGUAAUUCCCGCAAAAGGGAAGGGUAUGGUUGAUACUGGAUUAGCUAUUGCGGUUCCCGAGGGCACAUACGGUCGUGUCGCCCCGCGAAGCGGGCUCGCCUCUAAGAACUUCAUCGACACUGGUGCUGGUGUCAUCGAUGCAGACUACCGAGGCGAAGUCAAAGUGUUACUCUUCAACUUUUCAGAUGUAGACUUUACUGUCAAGGAAGGAGAUAGAAUUGCUCAGCUUGUUUUGGAAAGAAUAUAUACCCCCGACGUCGUUGUUGUCGAGCAAUUAGAAGAGAGUGUCCGCGGCGCAGGAGGUUUUGGCAGCACCGGCAAAUAG